ACGUGAUACAUUGUUCGCCGCCAUGUUUCCAGAGAGCAAAUCCGGCAGACUUGCAUAGCUCAUGUGAACUUGGAACCGGUGUGUCAGUCAACUGUAUUUCUCACUCAAGUAAACCAAGAUGACUUGAAAAAGUGAAAGGCUUCAGGUUUGACCAUCAAUAGCUACAAUGGAGGGCUCAAGCUCAAAAGGCUCCUCCAAGAGGAAACCAGCAUUUACCAUGAAGAUAAAAGUGUCUGGUAAGAAGAAACACGAGAGUGACUCCGACAAUGAUGACUACGAUUCUGAUUAUUCCAAAAGGAAAUCUAGGUCAAAGAGAGACAACUCUGACAUUUCAGAUGCUGAGUCCAUACCUGACUUGCCCGAAGGUACUGUUGUUGUUAAACCAGAACCUGUGAAAGAAAAGAAAAUACGGUUUAGCGGACCAGAAUUUUCCAAAGUACCAGAUAACCUGGACAUCGUCAACUGCACGUCCUGUGGGAGGCAGAUCAACCCUAAUGUGUCUGGAGCUGCUAAGCGACACCCAGAGCUGAAAGUUCUAAUAUGCAGGAAAUGUUACAGCUACUAUCGCAGUGGGAAGAUUGAGCAGGACGAGGAUGGAUUGGAUGAACAGUGUCGAUGGUGUGGGGAGGGAGGAAGGCUCCUCGGUUGUGAUCACUGUCACAAUGCUUUCUGCAAGUCCUGUAUCAUUAGAAACUUCAGCCGGGCGGAACUCACCACAGUCAUGGCUGAUGAUGGAUCUAAGUGGAAGUGCUAUGUGUGCGACCCUUCUAAAUUGAAGAAAUUGUUGCGAGAAUGUGACUCUUUGUUCAAAAAGAUUGAAAAGGAAAAGCUGAAAGCCAAGAUGCAGAGCAGUACAGACUCCAAGAAAUCAAACAGUAGCAAGCCUCAGAAAGCAACGGGUAAAUCUAUGAGUAGUAAAGAGCAUGUCACCAGUAAAACACAUAAAGAUUUAGUGUCGAUCGCCAAUUUCACAGUAGGUACAUCAAAUGUAGUUAACGUUUCUACCCAACUGUUAGGGUUAACAGCUGGCUUUCAUACAAUGUUGGAAGUUCUAAACGUUGAUCUUAAUACAUCAGGAGAUGUUAAAAAUAGCAGUAGAGAGGCUAAUAGUAAGAAGGACCAUGGUGCCAAAACCCUGGAUACUGGCCUCAAGGAAUUCCUCAAGUCUGUCAAUACAAUCCUAUGUGAUGCCUUGGAAUCUAAAGAGAAAGCCCCAGUUGAGAAUGGUGAAACCACCGAGGAUGAAAGCGUAGUUUCCAACGGGCAUAUUUCUCUAAGUGAUGAUGACAAUAGUGCUGCACAAACAGAGGAGGAGGUGAAGGUCAGUAGGAAAAGUGCUAGAGAAGGUCGACAGGUCAGAAAGGGGUCAAAAACAGAGGAAAAAGCUCCCAUUAAAAACAGGGACGGGAGAAAAGACGUGUCAAAGUCUUCUUUAAGGAAGGAAUCCAAAAUGGACGUCAGUGUAGAUGAUGUUGUAUCUAAUGAAGUCUGUGAUGUAGACAAUGAUUCAGAUGAGUUCGAUGUCCCAGUCUCAUUUGGACCAACUGAUGGAGCAGGGGAUGGCCAUACUGUAAGUAAAGAUGAGCAGACUGAAUCUAAAUCUGAUGAAUCUGAAAGCCAAACAAAGGAUGACAAUGAUGGUGUUAAGGGCUCGAGGCCUCUAAGUGAAACCGAAAAUGAGGCAGCCCAGUUGGAAUUGCUGAAAGAGUUGGCAGAGGAGAUGUGUAAGGAACAGAAAGAAAGGAAGGAAGAGAAAAUUAAUGGGGAGGAAUCAAGCAAGGUGAAGGUCCCUGAAAAGAAAAAGAGGGAACUUGAGAAGGACAAGAGUGAGGUCACAAAGGAGGACAUCAAGGACAAAAAUGGGGACGUCAAGGAUAAAAGUGGGGACAGUUCUAAGAGUGCCGAGGAUUCAUCAGUGGAUGACAGUGUGUCGAGCUCAGACCUCCUAAUGAGUUCUGACAGUGAUUUUGCCCAGUCAUGGAGUAUGAAGAAGAGAAAGGAAAAAGGUCAGAGAAAAUCAGGAAGAACAGAAGACAAAUUGGAGAGAAAGAAAAGAAAGAAGCAGAAGAAGGAAAAGGCUGAGAGGAGAUCUUCUAGGAAGAGGAAAGAAGAGAAGAAAUUGAGGAAAAAGAAACCCAAAGCCACUGAUAGUGAAGAUGACCUGGAGAAGGAAAUUUCAAAACUUGAAGAAGAACCAGAAAUGAAGAAGAAAACAAAGAAGGAGAAAACAGACUCGGAGGAGGACUUGGAUGAGGCCACUACGUGUAAGAAGGAAAAGAACAAGGAAAAGAAGAAGGAAGCGUCUGACGAAGAAAAGAAAGGUAGAAAGACCAGGGGGAAGAAAAAGACGGAAACAUCCAGCUCGGAUGAUGGUGAUGAUGACAAUGAAGUUGAUGAUGAUGAAGAUGAAGAUGAUGAUGAUGUGCUUAAAAUGAAGAAUGGGAAGAACAGGACACCUGAAUCGGCAAAUGGCAAGGACCUUGAGAAUGAGGUAGCAAAGAAAGCUUUGAUGGCGGAGUUGGAAGAUGCUGAUGAGGAGGGAGGCGAUGAGAGUGGCAACGAUGACAGCGAGUCAGAUGAUGAUGCUAAGAAGAAGAAAAAGGGAGCCAAGAAAGAGAAGAAGCCUGUGAAGGAAGAGAACGAUGAUAGUGAAAAUGACAGUGAAAAUGAGGAUUCUGAUGCUGUGCCAAGUACAAGGAAAAGAAUACGUAGCAAACUGUUAGAUGCUAAGUUGUCAGGCAGUGACUCUGCUAAAGACAGGAAGUCUAAGAAAAAGAAGCAGAAAUCGGAGGAGAGUGAUUCUGAGGAGAUCGUGAUCAAGAAAAAAUCAAAGAAGAAGAAAUCAUCAGAUGAAGAUUAUUCAAGUGAUUCAAGUUCAGGCAAGAAGAAAAAAGGAAAGAGAAAAAAGAAGCAGCAGAAAAAGAAGAAGAGGGGGAAAAAGAGGAAACUGACAAGUGACUCUGAAUCCGGGGAUUCAUCAUCUUCUAGUUCCGCAAGUGAUUCCGACAGUGAGAUUAGCCUGGACACAGAGGAGGAGGAGAGGCGGGAAAAGCUGAAGGCAGAACGCAAAGCCAGGCGGAAAGCUAAGGGGAAUAAGCGCCGUAGAAUCAAGGAGCAGAAAGACUCUUCUGAUGAAAAGGGGAGAAUAGAGACGGAUUCAGAUAUUGAUGGAAGUGAUGAUGAUGAUGAUGACGACGAUGAUGAUGAUGAUGGCAAAUCACCGGACAAAUCUGGCAGGAAGAAUAUUCGUAAGAUCAAGUCUGACAAGAAACUAACUGAUGAUACUAAGCGUGCCCGCAAAGCAGAGGAAUGCAGGAGGAAGAGGGUUACUGAACGCCAGAAAGAGUUCAACCACGUUGUGCAGAUAACGGACGAGACUACCAAGUGCCCCAUCACCACACAGUUGAUUCUGGAGAUGGACAAGGAGAAGAAGGAACCUAUCAUACAAGUGAACAAGAAGCUGGUCCGCAAACUCAAACCUCACCAGGUGGAAGCUACUCAGUUCAUGUGGGACUGCUUGUGUGAGACCAGCGACCGCAUCAAGAAGAAGGAAGGGUCUGGCUGUAUCUUGGCUCAUUGCAUGGGCCUGGGUAAAACAUUAUCGGUGAUAUCGUUUGUACACACAAUGCUGUCCAACGAGAAGUGCACAUCCAUGCGAACAUGUCUGAUUGUGUGUCCUCUGAACACAGUCAUCAACUGGAGCAAUGAAUGGGUCAUGUGGUUCGAUGAGAAGGACCAAUUAGACGUGUAUGAGAUAUCGAGCGUGAAACAGAACUGGCCUCGCGCUGACUACCUGAAGGACUGGCAUGAAGGAGGGGGCAUCAUGAUCAUGGGCUAUGAAAUGUAUCGCAACCUUACUCAGAGUGCUCGCAUCAAGAAUAAGAAGUUGAAAGCCAUUUUCCUGAAAACGCUUGUUGAUCCAGGUCCUGACCUUGUUGUCUGUGAUGAGGGUCAUAUCCUGAAGAAUGAUUCAUCGUCAAUAUCACAGGCGCUGAACAAAGUCCGCACCAGGCGGCGGGUUGUACUUACAGGAACACCUUUGCAGAAUAAUCUCCUGGAAUAUCACUGCAUGGCCAGUUUUGUGAAGCCAAACCUGAUGGGUACAAGAAAAGAGUUUCUCAACAGAUUUGUCAACCCAAUCACAAAUGGUCAGCACUCAGACUCGACAGCCUUUGACGUGAAAGUGAUGGGACGUCGAGCUCAUGUCCUGCACGAGAUGCUUGCUGGGUGUAUUCAGAGACGAGAUUAUUCUGCCCUUACCAAGUUCCUGCCACCCAAGUUUGAGUAUGUGAUAUCAGUACGCCUGUCUCCUGUCCAGAUAGAUUUGUAUGAGAAAUACCUUGAAUUGGCGGGCAUCGGUGUAGAUGGAGGACCUACCACUAAUAAUAGAGGUGCGCGACUCUUCUCUGACUACCAGAACCUCAUGAAGAUCUGGACACAUCCCUGGGUGCUGAAGCUGGCCGAGAUCCGAGCUGAUAACAGGAUGAAGUAUGAUGAUAGUGAAGACUCCUUCAUCGACAACAGCACGGAUGAGGAGAUGGCGUCUAUGACUGACAACAGUGAGGACAGUGUCAUGAACGUCAGUAAGAGUGACUCGGGGGAGAGUGUGGAGGCAGGGCCCAGCAACAGGGGCUCUCGGCGCUCUCGGCGGGGGAAACCACCUCCAGAAGACAGUGACAAGGAGGAAGUGGUCAAAGACUGGAAGACACGGUCGAGAGGUGGAGAGGAUGAUGGGAUCGAGAUAGACGAUGGGCCAAAGCCAGUGAGUAGUGAGUGGUGGGCUGAGUAUGUGAAAGAAGAGGACCAAAGCAAUUUGGAUCUCAGUGGCAAGCUCCUGCUCCUCUUCGAGAUCCUCCGCAUGUGUGAAGAGAUCGGAGACAAAGUGCUUGUGUUCAGCCAAAGUCUGUUGUCACUGGACAUCAUUGAAUACUUCCUGGAUUUCAUCGACAAGAAAGCAGAGGAGGCAGCCAUGCAGAAGGAAGAGGAGAGACUAAAGAAAGAGAAAGAAAAAGAGGAGAAAGAAAAAGAAGAGAAAGGGAAAGAAAAGGAUGGGAAGGAAAAGGAAGGGAAAGACCAAAAUGGUGAAGCCAAAGAUGGAGAGAAGAAAGAGGAUGGAGAGAAGAAAGAAGAUGGAGAGAAGGAGGAUGAAAGUGAAGAGUUUGUCCAGACCGUGUUCGGGAAGAGUUGGACUAAGGGGGCGGACUAUUUUCGAAUGGAUGGGUCUACAAGUCCACAGCUCCGCAGUCAAUGGUCGGAUCAUUUCAAUGAUCCGGAAAACUUCAGAUCUCGCUUGUUUCUGAUCUCAACCAAGGCAGGAAGUCUUGGUAUUAACCUGGUUGCAGCAAACCGUGUCAUCAUCUUUGACGCUUCGUGGAACCCGUCGCAUGACAUUCAGUCCAUCUUCAGGGUGUACAGAUUUGGACAGACUAAACCCUGCUAUGUCUACAGAUUCUUGGCUCAGGGUACUAUGGAAGAGAAGAUCUAUGAACGACAAGUCACAAAACAGUCCCUCUCCCAGCGAGUCGUGGACGAACAUCAGAUUGACCGACAUUUCACUUCAGCUGACCUCAGCGAACUUUACCACUUUAAACCUGAACGCCUUGAUGAUCCAAAUCAGCCCAAAACUAUACACGCCUUGCCGAAGGAUGUACUCCUGGCUGAGCUCCUGAAGCAGGACAAACAGAUUGUCAGGUUCCACGAGCAUGACUCCCUGCUGGAGAACCGUGCUGACCAGACAUUGACGGAGGAGGAGAAGAAGGCAGCCUGGGAGGAGUAUGACAACGAGAGGAAGGGCAUGACCAACAGGGUGGCCCAGGCCAGCACAGCGUCUGGUGUGGGAAUGUUCAGCCCGGACAAUGUCCUGCAGAUCGUACAGAUGGUCAAGAUGAGGUUCCCCAACCUGCCGCCCGACCUGUUCCAGGCCCAGGUCCAGGCCAUCUUACAGCAGCAGAUCCUCUACCAGCAGUCCAUGCAGAACCAGCAGAUUGAACAGCAGCGGCUGAUGGAGAUGCAUCGACUACAACGGAUUCAGAAUGACAUUCGCAGCCAACAGCGUCAGAUCCAAGUCUUGAACCGCAACAGACUAGCCUAUCCCCGUGGAGGUGGUGCAAUGGGGCCUAGGAUGGGGAUGUCAUCAGGCACACAGCCUCGGAUACCCAACCAGGCCGGAGCGCUACGCAGCAUUCUCACGACGCCAAGUGGCAGCACCGGAAAGAAAGAUGCCUCCCACUCACGCAGUACCACCCCAAACAACCCUCCGGUAGUGAUAGACCUGUCCAAAUCUUGAUAAGAGGGGACUGUAGGGCCACGUGUGUAUUGUAGUCAUUUAGACAUGAUCUUUGUCGGCAUUAGUCUGCUGGCAAAAGGAUGGGGGUAGGACUAGGAUCAGAAACAGGGCUGGCACAAGGGCCUGUUGUCUGGCCUGUGAUUUGUGACUGCAGGUGCAGUGCAGGUUGGAAAACCAUAACAUUAUAUACAAGGCUUGCUAAAACUUUCACUAGCUUACGUUAUUUGUCUGGUGCAGUUUUGACGAGCCAGUGUUUUCAACUUGCUGUGGUUUAAAGUAAACUUGUUGUUAUGUUGUUACACAGUCUGCUUCUGUCGUUAUCGUACUGUAACAAACAGAACAAUAAUGUGGAGAUGUGUACUGCUGGGAGGCGGACCACUGGUGGUUGCCAUAGCAGGAUGUGGACCAGACCGUGAUGAAGCUCAUGUACAAAUGGAGAUGUAACUUUUAAUCGUAGAGAGUAAGUGCGUGUGGUGAUUGCCUCGUAACAUAAUGUUUGUAUCUUUUUGAAACAUCUGUCGUCCGUCUUGUCCGAGAGUUGCUAAGAGAACGAAAGAUUUUAAUUCUUUUCCUUCAUAUAUGAAUUUUAAAAAAGCUUUCGUAAAUAAGCUGCAUGUCUUGGGUGAAGUUUGUUUUUGCAGACAUUUAUUCUCAUCCCAGUGGAUGUGUUAAUACUCAUUAUGUUAAUUGUAGCGAGAACAUUUCUGCAAACUUGCAACGUUUCUUUUCAGAAAAAGGUGUUCAAAAUGGUAACGACUGACUGAUUCAAAUCUGAACCUCCAUGGGGGGUAACUGGUGGCAUUCACUCAUGCCAAACCCCCAGACUUAUUUCACAUUGAUACAUUGUGGGAAGUCCGUCUUGGUGUCCUGUACUGGAAUAUUGAUUAAUAAUAGCACAACCUUCCUCACUCGCUCCCAAAACUCUUUGCAGUGUCCAAUUCAGGUAGUUCUCCAACAGUAACAUGUACAUGGAUAUCUCUGUAUCCUGUUCGAUAAAGAAUUCCAGAUUUACCCAAAUUAGGAUCAUCUGUGUGCAAUAGUGUACUUGUCACUUCCGCCUUUUCUGCACAUGGGAAUUCGCUGUGGUUAAGAUUCGUUCUCAGCCUUCUAUGCUCGUCGUACGAGGCAAAUUAGUGGAUCAGGCGGUCAGACUCGGUUGAUUCCUUGUCAUCGUACCACAACGUUGUGGAUCGCUGCUCAUAUCAAUCACUUGUUUGUCUGACCCAGCCUUGAUUAUUUAUCCAACUUUUACCUUACAUUUAAAUGGACUGCUGUGAUAUGACUGUACUAAAUGAACUUUCUUAAGGUGAGCACCACGAGGCAACUUUCUGUAUGUGUAUAGACAUUUCAAAAAGAUUGUUAUUCAUUCAGCUGGAAAGGGAUUGUGAUGAGGAACCAAGUGUGUACUUUUUAUUUUUCCGGAUAUUGGUGUUUGUGGUAUGUGAAGAGUUAGAAUCAUUUGACAUCAGAUCUAAAUAGGUGGUUCUGAGUUGUAAGCUACAGCUAUUUAGCCCAUCUUACAUUAAAAUACUAGCUAUAAGUUAAGGGACAGCCAAUUGUUUUCAAUGUAGCCUGCUUAGAAAUCGAUCGGGAAAAACACCUUAUGUCGAAUAAGUAUUUGUUGAAUGAAAUGAACCAGUCUUUAUCCGAAUGCAUUGUUUAAGGAGAAGUAACUCUUCAUUUGCAUCUGCUAGCUGUCAAAGUGGCUGAAUCACAGCAACUCAGUGAAACUUUUGACAUCUAUACAGGUCUGUAUGAAUGUUGGUGAGAUAAAUUCAUUGUCAAACGAUUCCUCGGGUCACAUGUUUUGGUGCCCUGCAUGUGAGCAUAUGUACCCCUCACCUGAUGGCUUGGGAUACAUAAGCUCACACAUCACAUCAUAUAUCCCUCGAGGGGCGGUCGGGUAGCCUAGUGGUUAAAGCGUUCGCUCGUCACGCCGAAGACCCGGGUUCGAAUCCCGACAUGGGUACAAUGUGUGAAGCCCAUUUCUGGUGUCCCCCGCCGUGAUAUUGCUGGAAUAUUGCUAAAAGCGGCGUAAAACCAUACUCACUCACUCAUAUAUCCCUCGAAAUUGGUUGACAACUUACAAUAUUCCUUUCAUUCAGAUUCAUCACCAUAUUGAAGUUGUGAAAACAAAAUGUGCUGUAUUCCUGUACAAACCACUCAGAGAUACCAACACUUUCAAUUGAAGCUGAAUUUUGUUAAAAUCACUAAAAUUAUUUGUUUAUUAUUGAAAAGUGAACUUACCAAGAGGUUUUGGUACAUUUUAACUGGAGUCUUUCCAUGUUUUAUCAAAGAUAAAAUAUUGAGUGAGUCUGAUUUGUUGUCAUCUUGAACCAGUAUUAUGACAUUUUUCAACACGAUAUUUUAGCAUAAAGUUUAAUGUCCAGGGUUUUUAUUUUUAACAUUUUCCUUAGCAUUUACACUUGCUGAGAUUUUUUAUGUGCAAGUCGGAUUCCUAUAAUGUUGACAUGUAUGACCAGUAUAGCAGUUAUGGUGAGAUGGAAAGUAGGACAUUUCAGGACCCAGCCUAAAUUCAAGUGAUCUGCUUUGAAGGAAAUAAUAUUACUGUAUCUACACUUGAGGCCCUCACAUGUAGGAUAUUUGGUUUUGUCCUCAAUAAAUUCAAUGUUUUUGUAUGUUUUUGUUUACUACUUCUCAAGAAGUCUAUUACAUAUCUGACAAUAAUCGUAAUCUCUUUCUAUGCCAUUGUGUUUUCAUUCAUAGUUAGUAGUUAAUAAAAAUACUUGUGCUUUCCUAUUUCGAUUUAAUUUGAAAUAUUUCUAUUUUUUACACAAGUACCUAUCGCUUAGUAUUUAAAAUGUGUGAGAGUGGUUGUUAUCGUGCAGACAGUCUUAUUUAUUUUCCACACCUGUAUAUAGUCAUGAACCUGUUGUAUGUACAAGCAUGUGGCAUGCUUCGACAUAGAAACAGUCUUUCAUACCAUCCAUGGUCGUAUGCUUUAUAAUAUUUAUCACUAAUGUUUGUACCACAGAAAUUAUUUUUGCCAUGUUGACCAUCUAUCAUCUAAGUGUAAUAAUGUUUGGUUGUCAUAAACGUGUGUUUCAAAAGUUCAUAUUACAGUGUUAUCUCAAUUUGAAUUUGCUUAUUAAAUUUACAUUAGAAAGAGAAAUUAAUUUGACCGACAAGGAGAGACAUUUUUUUGGUUCAGCUAGUCUUUAUUAAAUUAUAGGUAUGAUAACUAGGUCUUGGCCUGCAUUGGUUUGAAAAUACUUUAGAUAUAUUACAUACAUCUCCAUGCUUAUUUGGCUAAAACUUGAUUGACCUGUGUUGGUGUGUUGAGGCUCUCAUUCCAAACUUGGAACAGACUGACAGCCUCUGGUUUCAUGUGUAACGACAUUUGUCUGAAGAUUAAAUGAUUAAGCGAGA